AAAACAGUUAACACAGAUCGAAUUGGUUCUUUGGAGCCCAAAUCUGCCAUUCUCCUACUCUCCAUUGUUAGAGAGAGUAGUCCGCCCAAAUCCAUCAAAAAUCCAUCGCGCCGUCCUCCCGGAAGACACCGGCGGCGCAACGCCGGUGUCCCACGGAGCCCAAUCCAUCUCUCUUCACCGGUUCACGGCCUGUGGAAAGCGAAAGUGGUUGUUAGGGUUUUGCCGGCGCCUCUCCGAUGGCGGAAGAUGCUGGUAGUCGGAUUGAGGUGGCCAACCUCCUUUCCCUCGGCGAGGACCUCGUCGGGGUGCUCGUGGGCAUCAAGGACGGCGAAGCCCUUGCGCAGGCCUGCGACGGGGCACGGAUGCUGCGCUCCGCCUGCAGAUCCGAGUCCGGGGACCUCGAGCUCCAAAUCAAAGAGUAUCAGGAAAAAAUAAACUCCUUCAAGGAAAAGUUAGACAAGGCAAAAGCUGAAACAGUUACUGAUGAAGAACUGAACACGCUACAAAAUGAGAUGGAGGAGAAACUCCGGGGGGAGCAACAGCUUCGCCAAGACUUAAGAGCGGUGAGUGAUGAGCUUGAUAACCUAGACCGUCAAAGGACUUCUAUAGAAGAAAGGAAGGAUUCUGUCAAGAAGAAGGAGAAAGACAUGCUGAAGGCACAAAGUAUGCUCUCCAUGUGUGUGUCAGUUACAAAUAUGAUGCCAGAUUUCGAAGAUCAGGAGAAGAUUUCUGGAUAUAUUGUUGACAAGAACAGGAAGAAGCUAGAUAAGUUCGAAUUUGGGAAGACAAUGUCACCAGUUGAGAUCUGCGACAAGCUUUGGAAAAUGAUUUAGGGCGUGGUACCUGCAGAUUGUAGUCAUUGUACAUUAGCUCUGGUGCAGCAUGGUGGAGAAGGUGGACCGGACCUGGACGAGGCUGCAUCUGCAACCACUUGAACCUGAUGCUAGUUAUCUGACGUAGUCUAGUUCCUUAUGAUUGUACACCAAACAAAUGUCAGUUGUACGCCUGUUUGUAGCUACUGCCCCUGGUCCUGGCGAGACCUCUACUGCUAUGCUUGUUUCAAUCCAUGUUGCCCCUUUGUAACUCUGCUGAUGUACCCUUGGUGAACCAAUGUUAGAGCAAAACAUCUCAAUGCUGUGUUGGAA